AUGAUUGACAGAAAAUGUGUUAACUUUUGCUAUAAAUAUCUCGAUAAAGUUGUGCGUCUUUGCCAACAACCAAAGUUGAGCUUGAAAGCCAGUCCACCUUAUAUUUUGGAUACCAUUCCGGAUAUAUAUGAAAAGUUACAAAGAAUAAUUGCAAAUUAUGAAGAAAAUUAUGAUGCACUCUCUGAAAUAGAAUACUUUCAAAUAUAUAUUUCGACCUUGAUUGAGAAAUCCAAGCAAACUAUUAGUCUUUUCAAAAAUUCCAAAGAGAAAAUUUUCGAUAUCAACUCAGAUGCACGGUUUCGUCUGAUUAAGUUGUCGCUAGUAUAUUCACAUUUGCUAAACGAUUUAGAAGCCCUCUUCCACAUGAUACUUUCGACUCUAAGGGUUUCCGUAUAA